AUGGAGAAAGACAUAGUGCCACCACUUCGUACAGAUGCAGUAGUGGAGAUUUUUACAGAGGGCUCGUCUUUCCUUUUUGAAGCUACGAACCAUAGAGUUUACUGGAAAAACAUUACGAUACUGGUACCCCAAUCAUGGACCCAUCGCAACGAGUACAAACCAUCAAAAACAGAAACCUUCGACAGAGCAAAUGUCCGCAUAGAUUAUGGAGUAUCAAAGAGCCCGUAUGCACUUCUAGUUGGUAAAUGUGGUAAACAGGGGCAGUACAUUAACUUAACGCCACAGUACGUGCGGAAUAAAGAGUAUGCUGAAAGUGGUUGGGGUCCAAGAGAUAAGACGAUCGUUCACGAGUGGGCCCAUCUGCGAUGGGGCGUUUUUGAUGAGUACCCAACCGACAAACCUUUUUUCAAGGGGAAAAGAAAGAUCGAAGCAACACGCUGUUCAGAAUCCAUUGCUGGUACUUAUGUAGAAAAGUCUGGUAGAAAAUGUAGUGUAGACCCCUUAACCGGAGUGUACACUAAGACUUGUCAGUUUGUGGAAAAGAGUACACAGAAAGCUAGAGUUUCGAUUAUGUACAAGCAGUUUAUAAAUUCGAUACGUUCCUUUUGCAGUACAAAUGAAGUCAAUCCUUCCUUAAAACAUUUUGUUGAAGCUCCGAAUAAACAAAAUGAUAUUUGUGAAAGAAAAGGUGUUUGGGAUGUAAUGAUGACAACCGAUGACUUCAGAGACGGUAGGAGCCCACAACUGCAGGAAAAUAUUGAUACAACUCCAUCGUUUCAAAUUGUCCAACCUACAGCACGGCGCGUUGUAUUGGUUCUUGACACUUCCGGCAGCAUGCAGGGUGAUCCAUUAAAUAAACUUCGUCAAGCAGCAACUCUGUAUAUUGAGUCUACCAUUGACAUAGGAAGUUACCUCGGCAUUGUUGGGUUUUAUACUAGAGGUACUCAGUUAGCACCACUCACGCUUGUUGCUAAUGAUGAUACUCGAGAGACUUUAAAAAUGAAAUUGCCUUCAUCAGCCACGGGUGGUACAAGCAUUGGUAAUGGAGUUCUCAAAGGAAUAGAGGUUCUAUCUUCAGUAGGACAAUCUUCAGAUGGUGGAUAUCUACUUGUGAUCAGUGAUGGACAAAAUACCCAUAAUCCAGAUAUUGAUGACGUACUGGAUGAUGUAAUAGCUGCGGGCGUUAUUGUUGAUACCAUAGCAUUCACUGACAAUGCAGACACCGCUCUGGGGAAAUUGUCUACCGUGUCUGGAGGAAAUGCAUAUUUUUAUUCCGGUUCCGACAGUAUUGCGGCCCUUAUUGAAUCAUUUACAGCAACUAUAACAAGUCGACCUGACCAAACUAACCAAACAUUACCCAUCACGCUAUAUAGCGAAGCAUUGGCCAUCGACAACACUACGGGCACUGUUACAAGUUACGUUAUUAUUGAUACAAGUGUUGGGGUUGAUACAGUUUUUCUCUUUGCGUGGCUUGAUUAUUCUAUAGCGGUCGUUCUAGAGAACUCAGAUGGACAACGAUUUGAUAACACUAGUGAAGAGUAUUCUUUAAACAGUAAUGAUGAAAUUAUCACAAUCCGCAUAAAAGAGCGCGCUUUGGCCGGUCGUUGGAACUUUGAAAUCUCUAAUCAGUUGCUGUCGUCUCCAUCACAUAUCGUUACAGUAACUGUUGAAUCUAAGCAAGCCUCGGCUGACGAAGCACCAGUCAUUCUCACGUCUUUUGUCAGUGACCCAUUCAUUAACUAUCAAACCACUCCUUAUAUAACUAUAUUUGCGUUUUUAAGCAAGGGAAAUGAAGUUGUCGCUAAUGCUGAUGUUAUUGCAGUUUUAGAGAGACCAAAUGCACCCCAUGACAUCAUUCAACUAUAUGAUAGUGGAACAAAUGCAGACUUAUCAAAAUAUGACGGAGUUUACUCGGCUUAUUUCUUCAACUUUACUGACAAUGGACGCUACAGUAUUGAAGUUAAAGUCCGGGGCAACAAGCAGACCGAAUCAGUUGGGAAUGUGGCAAAUGCUAGAUCUUUUCCUAUUAUUCAAGAGGAGUUGAUCAUGAAACCUGUUAAUAUAUUUGAGCGUUCAGCAUCGGGUGGCGCAAUCCAAGUGUCCGAUUACGUUGAACAAACAACAGACUUUUUGCAACCAUCAAGGAUUAUGGAUCUCACAGUGACUGAAGUGUCGUAUCAAGACCAAAGUGCGACACUACAAUGGACAGCAGUUGGUGAUGACUUCGAUAAAGGAACAGUCUCUGAAUACGACCUUCGAUUCGCUGAAACAUUCCAAGAGAUAACAACAAACUUUUCAGAUGCCACUAAAGUUACAUCCGAUGACGUCAUCAAUGGAAAUUUGUUGGCAAUCAAAAAACCUGGACAAACAGAGGAAUUUUCUAUCCGACUACCAAACCGCGGAGAUGAAGUUACGUAUUACUUUGCUAUUAUGGCAAUUGAUGAGGCUAACAAUACCGGUGGGUUGUCCAACGUUGUUUCUGCAAAUUUGGAAUAUAUCCCUCCACUUGAACAAGAAACAGAAAGCAAUGGAAUAAGUACAUUCGUAUGGAUUUUGGUGGCAAUCGGUGUUGCAGGCGUCUUGAUGUUUGUGUUAAUCGGCCUAUAUAUAAAACACACAAGGCGAUCAACAACUGGGUCUGAUGGAGAUCAAGUCCAUGUUAAUCCUGCUUACGCCUAAUUCAAUAAAACAUGAUACCUUAAGAUCUUGAUAAUCAGUUUUGGAAAACUUAUUUAAGUUUAUUAUGGUUGAAUUCUGUUUUAACAAACGAAUGUCCAACACACUAUUCAAGUAUUAUUAUAUAGUUGAAAGAUGAUAAUAUAACAUGAUUGAUAAUGCGAUAGACGAGUUAAGUUAACUUUUAAAAACAUAGAAAAACUAUAAUCAAUAAUUAUAAGGCCUACUCAGCUAACUAUUCUACCCUAGUUAAAUUACGGAGGUAUUAUAUAUCACUGUCUAAAGGUAUUGCAAUUAUUUUGUGUAGCAGUAAGCAUAUUAUUAUUUUUUGUUCCAAGCUAUCUCGCUAGCAGCUUUGGCUUAUUAAAACCAAAUUGUGUAAUCAAGUAUUCGUUGUGUAUUACAUCUUGAGAAGAUAGUGUUCUAAUGACUUUUCAACAAAAGUAUACCUCCUUCAUGUGCAGCUGAACUAUCAUUCGGGCCAUUCUAACACAUGACCCUAUAAAUUCAAGAAAAUGUUUUGUUGGUGUUUUCUGUACCAUAAAAUGUCUAGAACAAAACCAGGGAGUAGUCAUUCAAAUGUUGGCUGAAACUGGAUCACCGAUUCAAAUAUUAAAUUGUAUUGUUGAAGUAUAAAGUUGUACCGUCUGUUAUAAAAUAUAAAGCAGUUCAUUUUACGAAAAAAAAUUAUUUCCAAUACAAUGGAAAAAAAAGUUGUACAUGUAUUUUAACACAGAAGUUAUUAAAUCGAUGGGUGUCGAUAAAAAUAUAUAUAAUAAAUUUAGUAUGUGGGUAUUCUAAUUCUAAUGUAUAACUAAAAGGUAUUAUUGUGCUUAAAUACACAUUAUUGUAAAUAUUAUUAUUAUUAGACCUGAUAUCAAGUACAUAUAGUACAACUUUAGCUAAAAUAUUAUGCAAUUAUAGUUCUGUGGAUGAUAUACAAAAUAGAGGCCGAACGAGCCGUUAUUACUGGACAAAAUGCCUGAAGCCUAUAGGCUAUUAAAUCAAACUAUCAUGUGUAUACAUCAUAUCCCGUAUCUGCAAAGCGGGUUAGAGUUUCAGUUAGGCAUACAUAUAGCAUGGAGAAUAAGGAAACAAAAUAUUCUAAUUGAUCCAAUUUUAACAAACAUUGUUCGCAUAUGCGUCAAUUGAGUUUGUGAGGCCCGGCGGUUACUGUUAUUGGGGACCCAUAAUAGGCGAGUGAAGCGAGCGUUAAUUUUGCUGGCGGGAGCGAACAACAGAGCUGGGAGCCGAGGGGGCCACGUAGGGCCCGGGUAUGUGUCUGAGGCCCCCUCGCGCUCAGAGCUUAGGGCAUUUAUGAACUGUUAACUGCGUUGUAAAUAGGCCUACAAUGGCCCUAAAAACUGUAGCGAUCGUUUACAUGAGCCCUGAGGUAAUGCGGUUUCUGUAUGAUGAUGCUAUGCCAGUGUAUUUUCAAUGUUUACAACUGUCGAGGCCCCAUUGAAUGAAACCAUGGUAGUAUAGUUUAUAAUAUAUUAUUAGGCCUAUAUCUGUCUUAAACUACAAUGUCGGGGCCCCGUGCGUGACGCCACUGAUUGCUCAUUGUUACCAUUCUCUAAACUGUAAAUGAACUUGGUAAGUCAGACCGAUCACUCACUUGUUCCAAACGUGGUAUAACUACUGUAUGUUUAGUCGAUAACGAUUUCUAAAUAAUAACUUACAUUCCAAAUUUAUAGAAUGUUGACAAAAGGAAUGUAAAGGAUGUAAAUGAUUUGUUCACUUUGUACUAUGUUUGAUCAGUAAUUGUAAAGUUUAUAGAGUAAGCAAAAACAUCAAUCAAUGUAGCUCAUUUACACUUUAAAAUCGUACAGUAAAAUAAAGCAAAUAAUGAUUUGACGUCUUUACCAAUCCCCUAAUCUAAUCAGGUUUGUUGACACUAUCAUGACUGUAUUUGUCACCGAAACUGAUACUUAUCAGAUCAUUUAGGUAUAAUCGGGUGACGAAGUGAUUAUAAACGCGUUGAAAGCAAUUAGAUAAUGUAUUGGUUGAGCAUCGUUGGUAGUGAACUUCUUACUUUAGAAUAUAAAUAACAUGUAAAAUGAUUACAUCGUUAUUGAAUUUUAUGGAUAAUACAAUUAUAAAAUCUAUCUAGUUCUAAAAUAAAAUAAAC